CUCGUAUGUUCGCAAAGUCCGCCCACCCUGCAACUCAUCAUCAUCCCACACUCAAAAUGCAGGAACAAUUCGAGCCAUUGAAGAACGACCGCUUGUUGAGAGCCGCGAGGGGCGAGAAGGUGGACCGUCCUCCGAUAUGGGUUAUGCGGCAAGCCGGCCGCUACCUCCCCGAGUACCACGAAGCGAAAGCGGGCCGGGAUUUUUUCCAAUGCUGUCGCUCGCCUGAGGUGGCGUCGACGCUGACCCUGCAGCCCAUCGACCGCUACGAGGGUCUCAUCGACGCGGCCAUCAUCUUCUCCGACAUCCUGGUCAUCCCGCAAGCGAUGGGAAUGCAGGUCGAGAUGGUCGACAAGAAGGGCCCGCACUUCCCGGAGCCGCUGCAGUCGCCCGACGACGGACAGUACGAGAAGGUGAUGCAGAAGCAGGUCGACGUCAAGUCGGAGCUGGACUACGUUUACAAGGCCAUCACGUUGACCCGGCACAAGCUCAAGGGUCGCGUGCCGCUGAUUGGCUUCUGCGGGGCCCCGUGGACCCUGCUGUGCUACAUGGUUGAGGGCGGCGGCAGCAAGAUGUUCGUGCAGUCCAAGACUUGGGUGUACAAGUACGGCAAGGAGUCGCAGGCGCUGCUGCAGAAGAUCGCCGAGAUCUGCGUCGAGUACCUGGCGCUCCAGGUUGCGGCGGGCGCGCAGCUGGUGCAGGUGUUCGACUCGUGGGCUGGCGAGCUGUCGCCUUCUUGCUUUAAGAAGUUCUCGCUCCCGUAUCUGCGCCAUAUCUCUGCCAAUCUGCCCAAGCGGUUGAAGGAGAUGGGGCUGGAGCCGGUGCCGAUGACGGUCUUUGCUAAGGGCGCGUGGUACGGCCUGGAGGAUCUUUGCGAGUCGGGCUACAACGUUGUCGGUCUGGACUGGCUGCAUGAUCCGGCCGAGGCUCGGCGGAUCGCGAAUGGUCGCGUCACCAUCCAGGGUAAUAUGGAUCCCGGCGCGCUCUAUGGUGGGCGAGAGGCGAUCACGGAGAACGUCGAGAUUAUGGUGAAGGGGUUCGAGAAGGGCAAGCAGGGAUGGAUUGCCAACCUUGGCCAUGGCGUGACCCCCUUCGUCAAGCCGGAUGACCUCAAGUUCUUCUUCGAGGAGAUCCACCGACUGACGGCUUCGUGAGACGGUUGCACGAGUGGUUUAUAUUUACUCUUCGAUUGAUUUCAAUCCGAGGGUAUACUCUGACUAUGUACAUGUCGGGCAAUCCCACCCCCUACGUCUAGCCAAACGGCAACCACCAACUUUGUUCAUGAGAUAUAUGCUUGAAUCUAGACCCCGAUAUCCUCAUUCCUAAUUCAAACAGUGGUCAGCAACAACGUCCCAAAAAAUCUGUAUGUAAAGCCAGGUGCAACCACAGAGGCUACAAAAAU